GGUGGCUGGGGAGGGACAGCGGGCGCGCCGGGCUGUGCUGCAACGCCCCUCGCUAUAAAUGGAGGGGCCGCGCAGCGGAGCGGGAGGAGCGGCGCGGCCGGGCAGGGAGAGCGCGGUAGAGCCCAGCCGAGCCGAGCCGAGCCGAGCCGAGCCGAGCCGAGCCGAGCAUGGUGCAGUGCGAGCGCCGUCGGGGCUGAUCCGCCCGCCCCCGCCGGGCCGCGGCCGCUCCUCGCCCCGGGGCUGGCCGGCCCUCCGCGGAGCCAGGCACAGAAAAUGGGUAAUAACUGAAGACGACCUCACAGCAGGAAAGUGAGAUCAGAUUGGCAAUGCAUCAGUGAGUGGCAUGAUUGAAGACAAGACAAAAAGCAGGCUACAGCAAAAGUAGAUGGCAUUGUUAGCAAUAUGAGCAGAUGACGUCCCUCAGAAGCAGACUUUAGGUGUGAACUCUGUAUUUUUUCCCUGGAGCUAGGUUACAGCUGAAGAGAUCAAGAUGGUCCCAAAUUACUCUACUGAAGAAACCGUUAAAAGAAUCCAUGUCGACUGUCCUGUUUCAGGAAGGCACAGUUACAUCUACAUUAUGGUUCCAACUGUUUACAGCAUCAUCUUUAUCAUAGGUAUAUUUGGGAACAGCCUGGUCGUUAUUGUCAUUUACUGCUACAUGAAAUUAAAAACAGUAGCCAGCAUCUUUCUUCUAAAUCUGGCACUGGCUGACUUGUGUUUUUUAAUAACUCUGCCACUGUGGGCAGCCUACACAGCCAUGGAGUACCAGUGGCCUUUUGGCAACUGUUUAUGUAAGUUAGCGUCAGCCGGGAUAAGUUUCAACCUGUACGCCAGCGUGUUCCUCCUCACAUGCCUUAGUAUCGACCGGUACCUGGCCAUAGUACACCCAGUGAAGUCCCGAAUUCGACGUACCAUGUUUGUUGCCAGAAUAACUUGCAUUGUCAUCUGGCUUCUCGCCGGAGUGGCCAGUUUGCCCGUCAUCGUUCACCGUAAUAUAUUCUUUGCUGAGAACUUGAACAUGACAGUCUGUGGUUUUCGGUAUGACAACAAUAACACAACGCUCCGGGUCGGGUUGGGUUUAUCCAAAAAUUUGCUGGGCUUUUUGAUUCCUUUUCUGAUCAUAUUAACAAGCUACACCUUAAUUUGGAAGACCCUGAAGAAGGCAUAUCGAAUUCAAAAAAAUAAGACUAGAAAUGAUGAUAUUUUUAAGAUGAUUGUGGCAAUAGUAUUUUUCUUCUUCUUUUCCUGGAUUCCUCAUCAAGUGUUCACUUUUCUGGAUGUAUUAAUUCAAUUACAUGUAAUAACAGACUGCAAAAUCACUGAUAUUGUGGAUACAGCUAUGCCCUUCACCAUUUGCAUUGCUUACUUUAACAACUGCUUGAAUCCUUUUUUUUAUGUUUUUUUUGGAAAAAACUUUAAAAAAUACUUCCUUCAGCUAAUAAAAUACAUUCCACCAAAUGUCAGCACACAUCCAAGCCUAACAACAAAAAUGAGCUCCCUCUCAUACCGGCCACCAGAAAAUAUACACUUGCCCACUAAAAAGACGGCCAGGUCUUUCGACACCGAGUGAUGCCUAUUGCAAUCUCCUUUUCUUGAACAACCUUGUGAACAACGCAGCAAGAAUGACAAAAUUCAUCUGCAGUUCUGAACAUCACAGCUUACUGCUCAUUACAGAAACAUUAGAUCACCUCAGAGAAAUCAUACUGUAAAGAUUUAGCAGUGGCCUUCUAUUUUGCAUUGUGAAGAGGACUGUUUGGUUUUCGUUUUGUUUUUCUUUACCAAAAAGCAACAUAAAUGGUGAACAGGCAUGUCAGAGUUUCUGUCCGCAUCCUGCCAUUUACUCAGAGCUACAAAAGAAGGGUAGAGAAAACUCCUAACUCAACUUCAGAGAUCUUUUUAAAGGAAAGGCUUCUUGUAAAAAUUACAUGAAUCAUGAAGGACCUGUUUUGCACAUUCAUGAGCUAUUCCAAAUUUUGUUCAAGAACCUGAUGGAACGACACUGCUUGUUUUUAGGGGUUUAAUGAAAUAAGUGUCAUAUCUUCAUAUUUAUACGUGUUCAAAUAUAUGCUAUAUAUAGAGGCCCAAUUUUAAACUCAAAUAGAAAUUUAAAUCAGAAUGAAACCAAUUUCAAGGACCUUAUGCUACUAUGUUUCAUUUUUAAAAUGGCAAAAUUUUCAUAAUAUAUGCAACAAAAUGCAGAUUUAUUUAUUAAAUAUAGAAUAAAUAUUUUUAGAUUUAUAUUCCUACUCAUAGAUUUCAAACAUUGCUUCAUUAAUGUACAUUUAUAUCCCAGCAGGUAUUUUUAUAGUAGCUUAAAAAAAUAUCUAUAUAAAAACAAAAAUGGGGUUCACUUAACCUUUUCUCAUGGUAUGCCACACUGACUUUGAAGAACAUUACUUACGGAGUGGGUUGACUCCAUACUCUAUGUGACUAAUAGUAAAAUUCUGUAUUUGAAAACAUGAGUUCUGGGACAGAGGUGAUCAGAAAACUUCAAACUAUUUUUGUAUAACCACCAGUGCACUUGAUGAUCAAAUCCACUCAAUUUUUCAAAUUCCUGACAUUUAAUAAACCCGCAUUCUGAUAAACAAAAA